AUGACCUCCUACGACCGUCAUGCCUCCCACGACUCCCCCUACCGUACCGGGAGACAUGUCCCUCUCAACCAAAGUCGCCAUGAGCCACUCACAUCUAUCGCAACUAGCGCAAUCGAAUCUCGCCCAGACCUCUCCAACCCCUACGAUGAUGAGCCCACGAAAUCUGCAAGUGCACAAGCAUCUGAGUGGAACGGCUCCCCCGAUGAGUUGGGCUCUCCCACCCAUCCCUAUUCACCAGGGAUGAGGUCAGCCGCAUCCCAAAAGAGACGAUCAAACGACCAAGCCGAGGGCACACCAGAGAUUCAGAUGCAAAGUUUCCACGAUGGGGCGCCACCGCCGCCGCCGGUCGCUCACUCCUGGAGGAAGAUUGAACGCUGGUUAGAACACAAUUAUGAGGAACUGCUUGAUCAGCUUGGUGAAGGAUGUACCCAGAACGAUAUUAACGAAUUGGAGCACGAACUGGACUGCAGUCUGCCAUUAGAGGUACGGGAAUCGUUGAUGGUCCAUGAUGGUCAAGAACGUGGCGGUCGUCCCACCGGUGUCGUCUUCAGUGCCAUGCUACUAGACUGCGAGGAGAUCGUUCAGGAAUGGCGGAACUGGAAAACGGUCAACGACGAAUACCUCAGCAACGCUACCAUGAUGCAAAACCCACCCUCAUCCAGCUCUGCAGCAAGCUCCUCCGCGGCUGGUCCGUCUCAGCAAGCCUCAUCCACAAUGUGGCAAUCAGAGCUGCUCGAUCGUCAGGACUCCCAGCCUCCCGGUGCAGUUCAAAAAGCGUACGCACACCCCGCUUGGAUCCCCCUCGUCCGUGAUUGGGGCGGCAAUAACCUUGCUAUCGAUCUGGCACCCGGCCCCGCUGGAAAAUGGGGCCAGGUGAUUAUUUUCGGCCGGGAUUAUGACUGCAAAUACGUCGUUGCCCGCUCGUGGGCUGCGUUCCUCGCGACUCUCGCCGACGAUAUGUGCAGCGGUCACGUCAUUGUGGACGAGGAGACUGAGGAGCUGAAACUGAAGCAAUUCAAGACCCAAAAUGUGGAGCCCCCAUACCUGGAUAUUCUGCGCUGGAGGACGGAUCAGAAGUACGGCCGCCGUGUACCUCGCCGGAAGGGCCCCGUACCCAAUGGUCUGGGUGUAAACGCUUCAGGCAACCGGUCCAGCAGUCGCGAGUCCCCCUACGGAAGCCCCACACGCACCGAAGAACGGGGCCGUUCGCCACACCGUUUCUCCAAGAGUGGAAAUGCCCAGAGUCCCAAGACGCCAUUCGGCGUAUCUAGUCCUCUUGCACGCGUGACUGAGGAGACAACAAGUCCCAUUGUCACCACAGGGCCCACAAUCUCCGAAACCACCAACGAAAAUGGCAAGGAAAACGGCAAGGAGCCUCAAACUGAAGAUCUCAUGGAGGUUGUAACCCCACAAAUCUCCAACAAGGAGAAUGAAGGGAUCCCCAAGCCCAAUGAACUUAAGGAAUCCGACAAGGCUGGAAAGGCCGAGAAAACCAACUCCGCAGAGUCUUCAACUGCCAUUGAGUCGGAGGUCCUCGGCGAAAUGAAGAACGUGGCUAUUUAG